AUGGCAACCGUGGCAUCUCUUCCUUCCAAUAAGCGACAGAAAACAAUCUUACCACCGCCUUGCUUUUACAAUGAUCUGCACUCGUCGUACAGGGUAGAAUGGGAAGCUCGGAAACGCAAGUUUCCUCCUUCGAUUGCAGUAUCCAGCCUUUGCUUUGUGGAACCAUCAUCAUCAUCGUCAUCAUCAGAUGAUUCAGAUGGCAAGAAGGGUUCAUCGUUCCUUUUGGUGGGAAUGACCAAAGGUUCUUUGACUGUCUUUCAACACUUUGGACAACAGAGCGAGUCCGAGGAAGAAGUACUGCAACAACAGGUGGCGAGGGGAGAAGCAAAUGACCAAGAUGAUGAGUCUUCUUCGGAUAUCACGGAACCUUCCGGAUGGAAACUUGUUGUUUCCCAUGAGCUCUGCAAGGGAGCUUUGACAUUCCUUCAUGUCAGUAAACUGUCGGAGAAGCAAUCCGUCGUCCUUGCGGGCGGUAUGGAUGGACUUUGGUGUUGGAAUUCUGUUUCAGACCUAUUGACAGUAGAUAGACGCACAGUUGAGGAGACCAAGACGAUGAAACCGGCAAAUAGAUUGAGCAAAACUCCAAAGAAUCAGUCAACCUAUCACCAUGAAUCUAUUUCAAUCGAGAAAGCACAAGCAAGUGAUUCGGACGUCUACAUAUCCACCCCACAUCGCAAAUUGUAUCAGAUUGGGAUUUCAUCAUUGAUAGCCUCUUCCGCAAAUGGGACGACAGUGGAGAAGAAAGAACUUCCGUUGCCUGAUAGGGAUGAUGGUCAAGACAAAUCUGAUAUUGUACCGCUACAAGAGCUGAGUCAGACGGUGGGUCAUGUCGGUGAUUUCGAAAUCACGGCGCUACAUGUGACUGGCACUUCGCUCUUGGUCGGAACCAACCAAUCCAAAGUUCAUUGUUGGGACAUUGAAAAACAGGCGUAUUCAGAACCUUUGGAUCUGAGUAGUUUCAACAACAGUAAAUUGGAGGAGGAGACAGCUGUUCGAGUCACUGCGAUUUCGUCUAUUCAGUCAGACUGGUGGACCAUUGCAGGAAGCAUCAUUUCAGAUGAAACAUGGACUGGAUCAUUCCGCAAGAAGAAGGCUGGCUACAAGCGACCUGUCAGCUUUCUCGGCACAUGGCACGGACCAUCCAAGUCCAGAGCGCAGUUGGUAUCCAAUAUUCUAGAGAGCAUUCAAGGGUUAUUGGUGGCGGCUUCAGGCCAACUCUACUCGAUUGGGAACGUGCCUACAUUGACAGUCUUUGAAUCGCCCUAUCAAUUGGAACGACCACGUCGGAUUGGAACCAAUGCUAAGAGCAACAAGGCAAUUUGCUGUGGGUUGAUGAAUGGUGGAUUGGCGGUAGCUGGUGUGGGGUCCAAGGUGGACUUGGUGCAAUCGUCUGUUCGUUUGCAGUCGCUGGAUCUACUGCAGGCGUUCGCGUCCGAUCCUCAAGGAGCAGGGGCAAGGAAAAACUAG